AUGCCCUGUAAGGCCUAUGACAUGGAGCCCAACCUUCCUGCGAACCCUGAAUAUUUCAUCGCUGCCCACUUGUCGUAUCCAGCAUGUUUAUUCACCUUCCUUGGAUACCUCAUUCACUUAUUGUUAAGCGUGGUUCAGUUCAUCGAUUUUCAAACUGUUAUUUGCUGUUCCAUGGUUUACAUUUAUUGCCGCUCUAAGCAACCACUUAUGAAAGAACAUGUCUCAUCCUUUUCUGUUGGAGCUGCUAAACGUCCGUUUUCCAAUAUGAGAAAUGUUUCGGUCUAUUUGCUUAAUUUUGUUGACCAUUUUUCUCACAACGAUGCUUCAAAACAGAUUCCUAUUUUCCAACCCCGAACAAGUUUUUUUUCACAAUGUUGUAAUUUCUUUCCAAAGGCUAUCAAAUCUUGCUGUUCCGUUUUUAUGUCACUGUCGAAUAAUCCUUAUAAAUUUCCAGCUGUCGAUAUGGAUAAGUCCCCAGUUGUCAUUUUAAAUUCGAUUGGUCCUGCUUUACAUUCGGUGCCUUUUAAUUCCCAAAUUCUCAAGGUUUCCUUAUUUUCAUCUGUAACGGACAAGAUUCAUGAACGCCUGCUUAAUCUUAUUGAUAAUUCUACUACCUUUUAUUCCUUGACUGAAUUUAAGAUUUGGUUACUCAAACAGCUGAAACCUUCCAAGAAGUUCAAGCCGUCAAAAGCUCAAUCUGAAGCUUAUUUUGUUAGACAAGUCAAUAUCUCCUUGGGCCAAGUAUUUAAUUCACCGGUCGCCCUCAAUUUCCAUGACGCUCAACUACAGCUAUUUAGAUGGGCUCAUUUGCCUUACUUACUGGGUGUUCAAGCUGCCAUGCUAUUACCACUUCUUCAGAAUUCAUUAUGGUCUUCUCAACCUUGGCUUUCUAAUGCCGCUAUUCAAAUAUUAAACAAAUUUCCUACUAUUGAUUUCCAUGAGUUGCUCUUUAAGUUAGGUCAGACUCCUUUGUGCGUGCCACAUGAUUUCCCUUGCAAUCCACGUCCCAAAUACUCCAUUUCUAAACAGAGUAGAGGAAGACGGAGAGAUUCAGGUAUCACUAAAUGUUCUAUUUCGGCCGACAAUGUAGCUACCUCACCUGGUCCUACUCCAGCUAAGAACUUUAAUGGGACGUAUAGGAGAUUGAUUGAUAAAAAUGAUAUUAUUCCUCAGAAUGAUAAUACUGUUCAAGUCAUUCCAACCAAAUCUAUUGCUAAUAAUGAUGCUAUUGUUGCACCCACUCCAUUUACACCUAUUAUUGAUAAGGAUUACAUUGGUGCACUUACAUCAUCUGCUAAUACUACCCAUAAGGAUUCUAUUGUGACUCUUCCUUCAGCUGAUAUUACUUUCCUAGCAAUUCCUACUUUAUCAGAGUGUAUUGUCGAAGGUACUUCCAAUGAUCCUGUCACUUCAUCUAUUAUUCCUAAUAGAUUCAAUUUUCCAACUAUUUUACAUGUUUCCCAAAAUUUCUCAGAGGUUGUUUCCAAGUUAUCGUCUGUUUUCUUUCUGAUUUGUCAUCUGUCCACAGACAAACUUGAACUCUUUCUUGAAAUUUCACACAUUUGUUUUUCCUCCAUUUUGAUUUUUCCUAUUUUUUGUUUCUCCUUCUUACAGGAUUUUCUCAAUACUCAUGUUGCUUCUGCCGCUGAUAUUGGUUUUCAAUCUAGCAUGUCCAAUGCUUUCCUAUUUGGUAUACAGUCUGGCUUUACCAUUCGCUCUCGUUUCUUUGUUUGGGAGGUGGGAAGUGUAGACCGUACCGUUCAUAAGGCUCUCGAAACGGCUCAUGCUAAAAUUACUACUACUGAUGAUACUUCUCGUAACGAUCUUGAUACCAAGCUUAAUGUUAGAGUUCCUAUUAUUUGUCAAUAUCCACAUGUUCCGGACGUGGUAUUGAAGUCUUUGCGCUCACACUUGACAAGCAAGUUCAUUGGUCAUUAUGAAGUAUUCAAAGAGUACUUGCCGCGAGUAUGCCUUUUAUAG